GCAAGGCACAUGGCAGAUAGAGUGCAAACCAGUGAACAAACAGUGCAGAUAAAAAGAUUACAGCUUGUAUUUCAUGUAUAUGUAUGUAUAUGUGUAUGUGUAUUUCAGCUGCUGAACCCAGAGGAUGAUUUACACCCCGGUAAGAUCAGAGACUCGAACCGCUCGACGCUGCUGGCCACCAUACAGGAGCACGGAUACCCCACCAUCAACCUGGGCAUCGUGGGAGACAACCCUGAUGACCUGCUGAACGCUCUGAAUGAGGGAAUCAGCCGCGCUGAUGUCAUCAUCACCUCAGGGGGCGUGUCCAUGGGGGAAAAGGUACAAGAGCUCAUGCAUGUGCUCCAUGAAUUUAGUUGACAGCUUUUUAAUGACAAACUCUGUUUUAGGAAGAUGCAUGGUAAAGCAUGACACUUUGAGUUUAAUUUAGUAAUAACUGCUUUAUACUGACAUCUAGUGGCUGGAUUGCAGUAAGACUGUCACAUUAAAGAGAUUUACUGCUAAAGAAACGAGGUGCCUAGUACUUUAAUUACAUUAAAGAAGAAAACAGUGU